CUGAAGAGGGGCUGAGCGACUCGGCUCUGUGGGUUGGGGUUAUGGUGGGAUAUGGAUGUCGUAUCUAUCGCUGACACCAACGACAAUAAACCCACCUAACCAUUAUUGAUGAACAGUGGUGGUUUUUUCUAUCCGAUGCUUCUUCCUGUUAUUCUACAUUCCUUGAUUUAGCCUACCGCCACGAGUCCUCCUUAUACCCCACUCUAGAGCCUACAUUUCCCCUUGAUUGCAUCUCCAACGAGAGCGCCCUGGCCACUCCGCAGCGCCGUGAAUGGAGCUGGAUAAGGACUAACCAUGACGAAUGUUGAUACUGCUCCACAGUUUGGGUCUGAAUUGAGGGAUGCUUUCAAACCAGUCAACGCUUGGGUCUCAAAUGGUAUUGCAUGGCUCGAGGAGGUCCAGCAGUUCUAUCGUGAACGGAGCGCUAUCGAGAAAGAGUAUGCUGCAAAACUUACCGGGUUAUGUCGAAAAUACCAUGAGCGCAAAUCCAAAAAGUCGAGUAGCUUGAGCGUGGGAGAUACUCCAGCGUUGACUCCAGGCUCAUUAGAAUCUGCGUCAUUGACAACCUGGACCACACAGCUCUCCGCUAUUGAGGCGGAAGCGGCAGACCGCGAUCGCUUCGGUUCAGACUUGGUCGUCCAGAUCGCUGAACCUCUAAAGCAAGCUGCCGCACGGUUCGAGGAACUCCGAAAGAACCAUGUUGAGUAUUCGACCAGGCUGGAGAAGGAACGAGAUGCGACAUAUAGCGAUUUAAAGAAAGUAAAGGGUAAAUAUGACGGUGCUUGUCAAGAGGUAGAAAACCGACGGAAGAAAACAGAAUCUUCCUUUGAUCACGGGAAACAGAAGGCGCAAAUGGCUUAUCAACAGCAGACUCUUGAAAUGAACAAUGUGAAGAAUACGUAUCUAAUUUCUAUAAACGUAGCGAAUAAACUAAAAGAGAAAUACUAUUAUGAAUAUAUCCCGGAACUACUUAAUGGAUUACAAGAUCUCAAUGAAACCCGAGUUUCGAAGUUGAAUUCCAUAUGGACGCUGGCUGCCCAACUGGAAAAGGACACCCUGACCAGAUGCGAGCAACAUGUUUCCCAUCUGCUGUCUGAAAUUCCGCGUAACGAACCUAGAUUGGAUUCGACCAUGUUUAUUCGUCACAACAUGACAAAUUGGCAAGACCCUGCAGAUGUGCAGUUUGAGCCGAGUCCUGUAUGGCAUGACGACGCCGCGAUGAUCACUGACGAGACUGCAAAGGUCUUCCUCCGAAAUAUACUCGUGAAAAGCAAAGCCCAGGCCAAAGAACUAAAGGUAGAAGCAGAUAAGAAGAGGAGAGAGGUUGAGAAUGCAAAGAAGAUACGGCAAAGCAUUCGCGAUGGCAGGGAUAAGAGGGAUGAGGCGGAGGUCGUUCGGGCGAUAUUUGCCAUGCAAGAAGACCUUCACCUUCUGGACCGUAAACGAUUAACAGCAGAAGUUGAAACUUCAACUAUAACAUCUGUUGUCGGCGACUUAUCCUUUGGAGCUGAGAACCACAACUUCCGAUCACAAACAUUUAAGAUUCCCACCAAUUGUGAUCUGUGUGGGGAGAGAAUCUGGGGGCUAUCGGCAAAGGGGUUCGACUGUCGGGAUUGUGGGUACACCUGUCACAGCAAAUGCGAAAUGAAGGUCCCAGCGGAAUGCCCUGGUGAGCAGACUAAGGAAGAGAAGAAGAAACUGAAAAUAGAAAGACAAGAAGCAGCCAGCUCAGCACCUCCAAUUGAUGUCCCCGCACCGACAAAUGGUGCUUCGGAGCUGCCUGCACUGAGCCGCCGAGAUACUAUGAAUUCGCUAAGCUCAGGAUACGCCGCUAGCGGAGCGCGCUCUGCAUCCGUAAUCUCAACCCCACAGGUGGCCGAAGGGCCAACGGAACUUCCAGCAUCUGCUCCAGCAACAACCACGAAGCCGGCUACAGCACCCCGAAGGAACCGAAUUGUUGCUCCCCCACCCGCACAAUACAUCAGUGCCCCCCCUCCUCCGGCCAACGAAGGAGACGCGGAUGGGGGCGGAGGCCGCAGCCGUGGCUUAUCCAUAAAAUCAAGCGAAGCGAGAGGCAAAAUGUUAUACCCCAUACGAGGCCAAUGGCGAGGAUGAGAUUACAGUUGAAGGCGGCCGUGAGGUUACAAUUGUUGAACCAGAUGACGGGUCUGGCUGGAUGCGCGUUCGGGCGGGCGCCCUCACCGGCCUCGUCCCAGCCUCCUACGUUGAAGGCAUCUCCACCCCAUCACCAGCCUUCUCACCACGACCCAGCCUCGCUGACCGUCCUGGAUCCACCUAUUCAACCUCGAGCGCGUCUCUGGCGAGCAGCGUUGCGGCCAAACGGCGCGGUCCGGCGGUGGCGCCGAAGCGCGGAGCUAAGAAGCUGCAAUAUGUGGUUGCGCUGUAUGACUAUGAAGCGCGCAGUGAUGCGGAGUGGAGCAUGGCGGAGGGGGAUAGGUUUGUGCUUGUGAAUCGGGAUAGUGGCAAUGGGUGGUCUGAUGUUGAGAAAGGCGGGCAGACGAAGAGCGUACCUGCAAAUUAUAUUGAGGAGGUGUAGGGCGAGUUAACUAUUUUAUAUUUUUUCGAGUGGGAGGAUUUGGUUGAAAGGGUUGAUGGGUUUGCUGUUGGGAUGAACUAAACUUUUGCGGAAUGGUGUGAGUUUUCUAUUUUUUUGUCAUCUUAUCAUCUUACCCUUCAUAUCAUUUAGCUUACUUGCGGAUGUUUAUAUUAUACGUUUCUUCUUUUGGUCUCACGCAUUUUAGAGCAACAUUCAAGAUGUAUUUUACGAAGGCAGUUCAGAUGUCGUCCCCAACCACCCCAUCGAAUGCUGAUUCCUCCUAUGGCAGUGGUUUGUCGUAUGGAAAAUUCUAAGAAGCUAGCAACCCUUUUCCUACCCCCUUUUUUUUUCUUUUUUUCUUUUUUUCUUUUUUCUUUUUUCUUUUUCUUUUUUUUUUUUUUUGACGCAUUUUGUAGUUACUUUGUCAGUGGCAUAGGGCUAUUUGCGAGUACCCAGGCAGUUUCCUUUUCUUUUCUGCUCUUCUUUGUUCUGCUUCAACCCCCUUAUUCUUAGUAGCUAAAGUCAUAAUAGGAGUUAGCCCUGUGUCUUGCUUGCCACUAGAAAUCCGUAUCGUCUCAUGUUUAUAACCACACAUAUCCAAUAAUUAUCCGCGAAGGUAGAGGGCCAUCUGCAAAAAGAAAAAGAAAGGGGCUCGAAUAAAUACAAAAAACUCUGAUCUGGA